AGAACGAACCGCUGAAGGAGUUAUUCGGCGAUAGGGGCCAGGGAGGGGAAGUUAGGGGUGAGAAAGAAACAUACAAGGGUGGAAAAGGAUGAUGUAUGGGUGCGGGAAAGAUUUAGGUGGAGAUGGUGCACAAGGAAAGAGGCAAUAACUUGAAAAUUCAUGUUGGGACGGAGGGCCAAAUGGAGUAGCGUAGUAGGGAAAAGAGGGGUGAGAGGUUUCUCUGGAAAGGGUAUAGAUGUAUGGUUAGGUUAAGGCUUAGGAGAGGAGAGAGGACGUGGAAGGACGAAGACGGUUCGUGAUGAUAAUUUCAAUGCGGGAAUCAAAGAUGGAUAAAGAAAUUGCGUUUUUCUUUUUAUUUGUGCAUCGUUGUGAGCUAUUGUUGUUGUUUGACACAAGUGAUAGGUUGUAAGUAAUACAGAAUACAUUGUGUCGAUCGUGGACAAUUGUUUAUGCUUGAACUUCGAAAUACCGAUUGCAUUGCAACUGACAGGAUCGGGAAUGGAAAAUGCAAUAGCGCGUGAAAAAGGACCGAGCGUUGAAUCAAAAUGCUUUCAAUGGGCAGGCGGUGUACGUUGCAUUAAGUGCAUUAUACUCGGCACAAAAAUGAAAGUGACCUUGGCACAAAUGCCUAAAGCGUACGUCGAUCGUGGAAUCGCAUUAACACUGAAUAUAAAUUAAAACCGAUUGUUACGCACCGUGUAGCAAUCCCGCGGUGGUCGGAGAUGCAAUAGUUCGAUUGAAAAAGAAAUUGUGAAAUAUGAGAACUUAGAGUCGAGUAAGUCUUGCAUUCCGCCCAUGCAAGCGUAGAAAAGUUGCUCGUGUGAAUAUCGAAUCAAGGUUAUGUAAAACUUAUCGUAAAAUUUAUUAUCUUUAAUGAAAAAUAUCCCUGUAAUGAACGAAGCAGGCAAUUUCCAAAUGCUUUCAACGGAUACGAUAUUUCGUGAUCACAUCCAUCAAUUCAAGAGACCUAAAAUUAUACCCAUAAAAAUGACUAUAUAUCCAUAAAAAUAUCUAUAUUUUUAUCGAAUCUUAAUGCCGAUAAAAUGCCGUUUCAUUCUCGUUAUUUUAAAAACUGCUCGUAAAACGCGGCCCGUAUCAAAAGGAAUCUCUAAAUCCAUUAUCCCCGUUUCCAAAUUCAACCAUUCGCUCGCGGACGUGGCUGCGUCGCGCCACAACUACUCAAUCAAAGUUAAAAUCGUAAACGGCGGGAGCAAACGGAAAACCAUCGUGGUUCUUUAAUUAGUCGCGGCGGUUGUAGAAACGACGACGUCUCUCCUUCCCCAAGACAAACUUUCCGAGGCGGCGGUUUCCGAGCAUCGUCGAGGGAAACACGAUACGCACGUGUAUUUAGGAGCCGGUGUGCCCUUAACAAGCCGCGCUAAUAAAGUUAACGUGCCGCGCCACACGGGACGGAGAUCGGAAAGCCCGCCUUACGCGCUCGUGAUCUGCAUCGUGCGUUUCCGUGACCGUUCGCAGUUGCGCAGUCGGCGAUCGUAGCGUAGAUUCGUUAGUCGGUACAGCUCGGUUGUUUUCGGCAAUGAUCGUGUUGCGCGGGUGGUGGGGGCGAAACAGUAAGGUGGGGAGAGCGAAGGGUGAGGCACUCGGCCAUCAUCGGCGGAGGCGCGCACAGUUCAGUGACCCGACGCAGCGUCAUUCGUUGGUGGGGGAGCGCGGGGAGUUCUGACAUAUUGUGAGAUGCCAACUCGCUAACGCCGGUCCCCGAAAAACACCUCUCUCUCUCCUCCUCUCUCUUGCUCGCUUCUAAUGCUCCUUCUUUUUCUUCCUCCCGCAUAUAUCCCCCCCUUUUUUCUGUUUCCGUCUUUUUUUAUCACCAUCUCCCUCUCUAUCUAUCUGCCUUUACUUCUUCGGUGCCUUUUUUUCCCCCGGUUAUUCCCGCUCUUCUCCCUCUUUCUCAUACUCUUUUUUUCUAUCUUUGUCGUUAUAUCUCCUUCCCCUACUUUUCUUUGUUUCUUUCCCCUCCGCCCCAACGGCUCGCUCGUUUUUCCGUCUUUGUCCGUUCCAUUAUCUCCGUCCUUUGUUCGCCUCCUUUCUUCACCAGUGACUCGGGUUCUUCAUACAGCCGCGAGGUUCAUCAAACCCCCGAAAUAUUCUAAUGCGCCAGUCGCACGGUGUUUCCGCGAGUUUUCCCCGCCGGGCCCGUAGCAGGAAGCGUGGCCGCGUGACAUCGGAUAACGAACGCGUACCGCGUGUCGCUUUUGCCGCUCGAUUCGGACGGCCGAUUGGAUCGUGGCGGUGUACGCGUUGGUGCGCGAGACUCCCGAAAUUACCGCGGAGGAAGGAAACGUGGAGGCAUCGUGACUACGUGUGCGCUCUCGUACAUGAGUACACGUGUGCGUGUGCUUGCGUGCGGGCGCGUGCAUGCGUGCGUGCCAGUGGUCCCGCUUGGCCGAGGAGUACGUUCGCCUCCGUCGUUUCUCCGCUCGCGUUACACCAGCAUUUUCCUCGUUCGGCUCUCUUCCUUUCUUUCUUCGCACUCUCCAUUCUCCUUUCUCCCCUUUCUCUGUCUCCCGUGACCGUUGCUCCAGCACUCUACUCGUCACCUCUUCUCGGGUGCACCGUACACGCUUCGAGACGCUGUGCUUGCUCGCGUCUCGAAAUUUCACCAGGCCAAAGAAACUCGGUGUGUUUUCGUGUACGGUUGUCGGUCACGUCACAACGGAACAAGGAAGAGGAGAACGAUGAUCGUGUCGAGGAUGUGUUACCGGGACAACCUUGUCCCGCCGUUCAACGUCGCAUUUCGUGCGUGUUAAGUGCAGCCAACAAAGUGAUCAUCAUCGCGGCUGGAAAGGCUCCAGGUGGAAAACGCGCGACCUCCUCCUCGUCUGUGUAUACGUUUCCCGGUGUGUCCAAAAUCCGCCUGUGGAAAAUUCUCUCUCCGGGACAUCCUAAAACCCCCCCUCCUCUUCGCGGGAUACGCGAACGUGCAACGUGUCCAGAAUAGGAGGGUGCAUUCAUUUCGUUAUACGAUCUCACGAUCGAUGGAACGCUCUCUCGUCUAUCGACCGAGUUGUGGAAACUGUUCACGAUUGUUUUCGACGAAACACUGUGAAAAAGUUGAACCGCUACGCUGGUGGGACUGUAACGGCAG